UAAAAAAUAAAUGGUUGAGAUUUUGUUUAGACAAAAUAAAGGAGGAAUUUCCUCCCAAUUACCACCCCUCCUAUUAGAAAGGAGUUUUUCCAACAAUUCUCCAUCCCUAUUCCACCAUAACUCUCAUAUCUUCUAAUCAAACGAAGCAGUCUUAUCCCUCUAAAAUUUCAAUUCUUUUUAAAAACUUCCCCCAAAGGAAAAACUUGUACCCCAAGUGGGACCCACAACAGGAGCAAACGGGGUCAACGUUCACGUACUGCGCACGGACGGACUCGUCUUCCUUCCCUCCGCGUCUCUCUCGGUUUUCGCCCUGUCCUGCCCCACCGCCGCCGCCGCCGCCGCCUGCCUCCGGACGAGCUCCACCGACGGCAACCCGGCCGGCUUUGCGACGACGACGACGAUGAUCCGGCGGUUCCUCUACAUGGUCGACCUCUGCGGCGACAACUCGCUCACCCAGAGGCUACGCCGCAUCGACACGUCACGUCUCUUCUACCCCAAGGAUCAACUGCCCCGAGCGUCGCCGUCGUCGUCGGCGGCGGCGGCGGCGGUGGAGGACGCUCGCCUGCCUCCAGCCGCCAUGGGCUUCAGCGCGUCGAUGAACUUCAUGCGCACGAGCGACGACAAGAUCGUCACCGUCGACGACACCGGCCGCCGCGCCAUCCUCUACGACCCCGCCGCGCACACCGUCCGCUCGUUGCCCCCCAUGGCAUCGCCCAAGUUCUUGACCGUGUCGCUCGCCGUCGCCGGCGACCUGUACGUCAUGGUGACGCCACCUCAUCCUGACAAGGUCGGCGGCGGCGAGGGACGGCGGCCGGAGUAUUCGUUCGAGGCGCUCGUCCACCGUGAACGCCGUUCCGGGUGGAUGACGAAUGCGGACGAGGAGGCGCGCCACUGGCGCCCCAUGCCGCCGCCUCCGUUCGUGCACGACGCCGCCGCCGGCGAGAUCCACGGGUACGCGGCGAUCGGCGACUCGCACAUCCUGGUGUCCACCGACCGCGCCACCUACUCGUUCGACACGGCGAGCGCGGCGUGGAGCAAGGCCGGCGACUGGAGGCUGCCGUUCCGCGGCCGCGCCGAGCAUGUCCCCGAGCACGGCCUCUGCGUCGGCUUCCUGGAGAUGGACGACACCGUCCUCGCCGCGUGGGACGUGUCCGCGUCCCCACAGCCGCGGGCGCCGGCGGCGAGCGUGCAGUCGAAGGGGUUCUCGGUGGCGAGCCCCGGCGAGUGGAAGGGCUUGGCGGCGCCGCGGGAGGUCGCGUCGCACGUCGUGCACCUCGGCGGCGGCAAGCUGUGCGUCGCCAAGGUGUUCUGGGUCGUUCGCCGCGGGACGUGCAGCUACCCUUGCUGCGUCGGCGAGCACGACAAGAUGAAAUUCUCCAUGCUCACCGGCGUCGAGGUGGCGCCCGGCGGCGGCCAUGGCGGGAAGCCCCGCAUCGUCAAGCACAAGUCGUGCCGUUAUAGAUUCGGUCAAUACCACCCCACUCAUGUACUCUAAAACUACCGCUCCCUCCGUUUCACAAUGUAAGACUUUCUGGCAUUACCCAUAUUCAUAUAGAUGCUAAUGAAUCUAUGUAUAUAAUAAUGUCUAGAUUCAUUAAUAUCUAUAUGAAUGUGGGCAAUGUUAAAAAGUCUUACAUUGUGAAACGGAGGAAGUAGUAGAUUAUAAUCCUACUUAUUAGUGUUUUAUUAAACUUUGAUUUGGUUAAUCCUUCACAUUCUUCUAGCUGCACCAUUCAUCUCAACCUUAAAGAUUUGAGGUGUUUUUCUUUAAUGGUAGGUGAACCAA